AUGCUAAAACUUCUUCUUCCCACAACCAUGCUGAUCCCAACAAUCAACCUCCUCCCAAACAAAAUUACCUGGUUGCCGCCAACAGCCUACUCGAUUGUCGUAAUGACCCUAGCCCUCCUAAUCCUCAACCCAUCUGACACUCUUAUAGCCACUAGCCGCCUGGCCCUAGGUAGCGAUCAAUUCUCAACCCCUUUAAUAAUUCUGUCCUGCUGACUUCUCCCCUUAAUACUUAUAGCCAGCCAAAGUUCUAUAUUCAAAAACCCCGCCCCCCAAAAUCACAUAUUUAUCACAAUCCUUGCAAUACUUCAACUUGCUCUACUUAUGGCAUUUAUGGCCCUAGACUUAAUACUAUUCUACAUCUCCUUCGAAGCCACCCUAAUCCCCACCCUUGUAAUCAUCUCCCGCUGAGGGGCUCAAACAGACCGCCUAAACGCAGGUAUUUAUUUUUUGUUUUACACUAUCGCCAGCUCAAUCCCGCUGAUAAUUAGCACCUUGGUAACCUACAACCUAAAAGGGACUUUAUCUCUCCCCGCCCUACAACUAAUUCCAAUAGCAAACCCCCUCUCCUGAACAGACACACUUCUAUGACUAUCCAUACUCCUAGCCUUCCUAGUAAAAAUCCCCCUUUACGGCCUCCACCUGUGACUCCCCAAAGCUCACGUCGAAGCCCCCAUUGCGGGCUCCAUAAUCCUAGCUGCAGUACUCCUAAAACUUGGCGGCUACGGCCUGUUACGAGUAGUAAACUUACUCACCGAACAAAUAAACACUAUCUACCUCCCCUUUUUAACCUUGGCGCUCUGAGGGGCCCUUAUGACUGGCCUUAUCUGUUUGCGACAAACUGACCUAAAAUCCUUAAUUGCCUACUCAUCAGUAAGUCACAUAGCCCUAGUAACGGCUGCAAUUCUUGCGCGGAAUCAAUUAGCCCCAGCAGCCUCAAUACUUCUAAUAAUAGCCCACGGACUGACAUCCUCCAUGCUAUUCUGCUUGGCAAAUUUCAACUAUGAACGUACUCACACUCGGACACUCCUGGCAAUACAAGGUAUACAACUCACUACACCUGCCCUUACAACUUGAUGAUUUUUAGCUAGCGCAAUGAACAUAGCUCUCCCCCCAACAAUUAACCUCAUAGGAGAACUAACUAUUAUUGUCUCACUUUUUAGCUGGCUAGACAUCACACUAUUGUUAACUGGACUAAGCUCAUUCAUUACAGCAAUCUACACCCUCCACAUAUUCUCAUCCACCCAACAAGGAACACUACCCGCCCACACCACCCUCCUCCCACCUGCCCAAACCCGAGAACACCUCCUAAUACUACUUCACUCACUACCAUCGAUUAUUCUCAUCGCCAACCCCCAACUCAUCUUCCCCCAAUAG